AUGGCGACUACGCGCAAGGUGUUCUCCCUCGAGGGAAAGGCUCUCAAGCUCGACACCGCGGCCGACCUCGAGCCCCAUAUCGCCGACUUGCGCUCGACUGACGUGGAGGAGGUCAAGUUUCUGGGAAACACUCUGGGAGUCGGCGCUUGCAAGCUUCUUGGGGAGGUCUUAGCCACCAAGAAGAACCUUCAGUCCGCUGACCUUUCCGACAUCUUUACCGGCCGCCUCCUGAGCGAAAUUCCCGAGGCGCUCUCCUCCCUCCUCACCUCCAUUUUGAACCUCCCCAAGCUCAACACGAUCAACCUCAACGACAAUGCCUUCGGCAUCAACACCCAAGCUCCCGUCGUCGCUUUCCUGGCAGCUCACGUGCCCCUCCAGCACCUUUACCUGAACAACAACGGUCUCGGCCCCCACGCUGGUAUUCUGGUCGCGGAUGCGCUUUCUGAGCUGCACGCGAAGAAGGAGGCGGCCAGAAAAGAAGGAAAGGAGGUCCCAGACCUUGAGACCGUUAUUUGCGGCCGCAACCGUCUGGAGAACGGCAGUAUGCAGGCCUGGGCCAAGGCCUUCAGCCUCCACAACAAGAUCAAGGAGAUCAAGAUGGUCCAGAACGGCAUUCGCCAGGAGGGUAUCAGCCACCUCAUCAGCCAGGGCCUGAAUCACGCAACUGAGCUGCGCGUUCUUGAUCUCCAGGACAACACCUUCACCAUGUCUGGUGCCAAGGCCGUUGCCAGCGUGCUCCCCACCUGGUCGCACCUGCAGGAGCUCGGUCUGAACGAUGCCUACCUCACUCCCAAGGGCACUGUUCUCGUUGCCAAGGCUCUUGGUAAGGGCAAGCAGGGCAAGCUCGAGAUCCUCCGCCUGCAAUUCAACGAUAUCACGCCCAAGGCUCUCACCAGCAUCGCUAGUGCUGCCGCGGAAUCCCUGCCUGCGCUGAAGAAGGUUGAGCUCAACGGCAACAAGUUCGAGGAGGAAGACCCGUCUGUUGUUGCGAUCCGCGAGCUCCUCGAGGCACGUAAGGAGAAGGACGGCGGCGAUGUGAUCGACGAGGAUGCUUGGGGUCUCGACAGCCUCAGCGACCUCGAGGGAGAAGACUCCGACGAGGAAGAGGAGGAGUCCGAGGAAGAAGAGGAGCUCGAGCCCGAGAAGAGAGCCGAGAUCCUUGUCAAGGAGGCCGAGGAGGCUCAAGAGGAGCCCACCGUCCAGCUCAAGGACAAGGAGGUGGACGAACUGGCCAAGAAGCUGGAGAAGACCGGUAUUUAA